AUGGCAUCGGCGGGGGCGGUGAUCGAUCUAAUAAGCGGCAACAUAGAGCUUUGCUCUUGCACGCGCUGCAUUUAUAGUCACUAUAUGUCUGCUGCCAGCUGUCUGAUCCAGUCUGAUCACUGUCUGAUCACUUAUCCAGUCAGCACACCAUGUGGACAUAACGUCAGCAAAAACUGGAACAACAACUCAGAGCAACAAGCUGCCAAACCAGGAGGAGUUCCCUGUGACACCAAACUGAAGGCCCUGAAGUCCUGUCUGGUGCCUUUGGUGUGUCUGGUGUUUCUCACGAUUCCGAUGUGUCUGACUUUCACCCACUUUCAAACUCACCGGGAGCCUUAUCCAACACCUUCACAUGAGGAAAGACAUCAGCUGAUGGACCCUGUGGUGAACCUGGAAGACAGGAUGUGUACGAAGCACAAUAAACCUCUGGAGCUGUUCUGUAAGACCGACCAGACAUUUCUCUGCACACUCUGCACAUCUUCUGACCACAAGACACACGAUUUUGUUCCUCUGAAAGAAGAAUAUGAAGGAAAGAAAGCAGAACUGGGGAAGACAGAGGCUGAAAUUCAGGAGAUGAUCCAGAAGAGACAACUGAAGAUUCAAGAGAUCAAACACUCAGUUGACCUCAGUAAGGAAGCUGCAGACAGAGAGAAAGCAGAAGGUGUUCAGGUCUUCAGCAUUCUGAAGGAGUCUGUUGAGAGAGGUAAAAAAAAAAUCAUCAACUCAAUCAACAAGAGGCAGAAAAAAACAGAGAAACAGGCUGAAGACUUCAUCAGAGAGCUGGAACAGGAAAUCUCUGAGCUGAAGAAGAGAAGCUCUGAGGUGGAGAAGCUCUCACACUCUGAAGACCACCUCCACCUCCUCCAAAACUUCCCGUCCCUGAAAGCUGCUCCACCCACCAAAGACUGGACAGAGGUCAGCGUCCGUCCACCAUCAUAUGAGGGGACUGUGGUGAAAGCUGUGGCUCAGCUGGAGGAGACGCUCAGUAAACAGAUGAAGAAGCUGCUCGCUGAGGCUGAGCUGAAGAGGGUCCAGCAGUAUGCAGUGAAUGUGACUCUUGAUCCUGAUACAGCACAUCCUGGACUCAUCCUGUCUGAUGAUGGGAAACAAGUACAUCAUGGUGAUGUGAGGAAGAAUCUCCCAGACAACCCGGAGAGAUUUUUUUCUUAUGUUAAUGUGUUAGGAAAGCAGAGUUUCUCUUCAGGCAGAUUUUACUUUGAGGUUCAGGUUAAAGGGAAGACUGACUGGGAUUUAGGAGUGGCCAGAAAGUCGAUCAACAGGAAGGGAAACAUCACACUGAGACCUCAGGAUGGUUUCUGGACUAUAUGGUUGAGAAAUAGAAAUGUGUACACUGCUAAUAAUAACCCUACAGUCCGUCUCUCUCUGAAGUCUCGUCCUCAGAAGGUGGGGGUGUUUGUGGAUUAUGAGGAGGGUCUGGUCUCCUUUUAUGACGUAGAUGCUGCAGCUCUUAUCUACUCCUUUACUGGCUGCUCCUUCUCUGAGAAACUCUACCCAUUCUUCAGUCCCUGUAAUAAUGAUCGUGGUAGAAACUCUGCUCCUCUGAUCAUCUCUCCUGUCAAUCAAACUGCCUGA